GCAAAAUCACGACAUCGUAAAUUUUACCUAACAAUACUUGCAUCAUGAUGGCGAAAUCAUAUAUAUUGGAACGCAAUGGCAAUCUGACCAAUGAUGAGAAAAUAAGUUACCUAUGAGGAUCCACUUAAACCCGAAACUUUUCAUACCUUUCGGUUCAAUCUGACAUGCCUAGCUUUCAAUCUGUCAUGUUGUUUCGAUUUGGACUUCUUGACUUGCUGCUUAAAGCUUGGAUAAGUAUCAUUUUUCAAUCACGUCUUCAGCUCACCGUAUUUCUCAUUUUCAUGUACACUUAAGAGUCGUCCGAUUCCUGUCUGAUGGCUUCCCCAACCUUUCCUACGUUGUAUUGUUAGCAUGCUGUAUUUAUAUCCUUUCCUACAUAAAUCAUAACCUCAGAGUACUUGAGACAUUCAAGAUCCGAAAUCCACAUAACAAUCAGGACAUUAGGAGCUUUUAAGGCCUGCACAGUCUUUAGACCCCCAUUUCAAUACCAAAGACAUGGGAGACCAUUCGAAAGACUCAUUGAGUCAUCCUAGCUAUGGCAGUACGGACCAAGUUGGAAAGGAUGCCAAGGUAGGAAUUGAAACACCAAGCGACCAGAGUCAAGGUACAACCGCCAUUCCAAUAAUCGACUACUUCUCAUAGUUCUUCAUUUCUGAUUUUUGGAUAGAAGAAGAUGGAUCAGCAUAUCAAACAAAUGACUCGCGCCGUCAAAUUGGUCCCAUUUCCGCCAUAUUCCUGAUUUUCAAUCGCAUGAUCGGAACCGGAAUCUUCUCAACUCCAAGUACUAUUCUUGCACUUUCCGGAUCUGUUGGCCUUUCUCUUUUCAUUUGGGUUGCAGGUAUGGUGAUUGCGGCCGCCGGUCUUGCGACAUAUAUGGAAUUCGGUACUGGGCUUCCACGGAACGGUGGUGAAAAAAAUUAUCUUGAAUAUGUUUUUCGAAAGCCCAGAUUCCUCGUCACGUGUAUGUAUGCAAUGUAUGUCGUGCUACUCGGCUGGGCGGGUUCGAAUUCUGUGGUAUUUGGUGAAUACAUCCUCAGUGCAGCAGAAGUGGAGGUAACUCGUUGGAAUCAGCGUGGUGUCGGAGUGGCUUGUAUCACUGCCGCUUUUCUGAUCCAUGGAUUCUCAAUAAAAUGGGGGUUGAGACUCCAGAACCUUUUGGGUGUCAUAAAGCUUCUGAUUCUUCUCUUGAUCAUCAUAUCGGGUUUCGUCGCACUCGGCGGCCACUUGAAAGUUGAAAAGCCGAACAAUUUCACAAAUGCGUUCGAAGGAACGACUGGCAGCGCGUAAGUGGAAUUCCCUCAUUCCUAGUUGUCCUCUAACUCGGUGCAGUUACGGGGUUGUCACAGCUCUGUAUAACGUUAUUUGGAGUUAUAUUGGCUACAGCAAUGCCAAUUAUGCGCUCUCCGAAACCAAAAAUCCAGUCAAGACCCUCAAAAUGGCUGCGCCGACGGCUCUGGCUAUUGUUGGAGUACUUUACAUGCUUGCAAAUGUGGGUGAUUGCCUGAGACUUCCAGAGAAAUAACACUGAUGCGGAAUUUAGAUUGCAUAUUUCGCUGCCGUGCCAAAGGAAGAAAUUAUGACGUCGGGUCGUAUUUUGGCUGCUUCAUUUUUUAGAAACAUGUUUGGACCCCGUGCCGAGCGUGUGUUAUCCGUUUUUGUCGCCCUUUCAGCUUUUGGAAAUGUCCUUAGUGUAAUCUUUUCCCAAGGCAGAAGUAGGUCACUCCGCUGCAAUAUCCCUUGUAACUUCACGCUUACUAUUAGUAGUUGUACAAGAAAUCGCCCGAGAAGGCAUUUUGCCAUUCUCCAGACUUUGGGCAAGUAAUAAGCCUUUCAACACUCCCUUCAUGGGACUCUUCGAGCAUUGGCUUGUCUCUGUAGUCAUUAUGCUAGCUCCACCACCAGGAGAUGCCUACAAUUUCAUCCUGAAGUAUGUACUUCGCUUUUGCCCCAGUCUCAUGAGAUGUCGUUAUCAUAUAACUAACACCACUCAGCGUGAUUUCAUAUCCACUUGCGGUCAUAAAUGUCUUCGUAUCACUAGCUUUGCUCAUCCUUUACGUUCGACCAUUCUCAGGGGAUCGCCAUCCACAACACUGGGCCCCACCUUUCCGUGCCACUUGGCCGGUGGUGCUGUUUUUUCUCCUCUCCAAUGUGUACCUGGUCAUUGCACCAUUUGUUCCACCUAGUGCUGGCCAAAAUGUGUACAAGAGCUUGCCAUAUUACCUCCACUGUGUUGUCGGGAUCGCGUUCUUCGGCGCAGGAGCUAUCUAUUGGUUGAUCUGGGCUCACAUUUUACCCAGAAUUGGUGGAUACAAGCUCAUCCGAGAGCAUAUUGUAACAGAUGAUGGAUGGAGCGGAAGUGUCUUUAGAAGGGUAAAACGAGAAUAGAUUAUGAGAUGGAACCUGGGUUAAAAAAAAAGGGAAAGAGUGAUAUUACACGUAGCGAUACUUUACAGUAAUUAAUGAUAAUAACAAAUUCAGCAUCCAAUAUCAAAUCUAUUCGACACCAAGCUUGAUCAUGUAGAUGAAGGAUUGAAUUAUUAGAGUAUUGAAGUAUUGAAGUUCUGA